AUGGACACGUCCCGCGAACCUGGUUCAGACGUUCACAUCUCAAAGCCCCAUAGCCGGAGCGGCGACCCCCUGCCCCCGCCACCUCCGCCGAGGUCCAGCGUACCCGCACCCCCUCUGACCGUCCCGCCGGGCGAGACGGACCGGCACAAGGCCCGCUACGAGACCGUGCUGAGGCGCCAGAGGGCCGCCCUGGAGUGCAUGCAGUAUCUCGCGGCGCGGGCUGAGGCCCGGCCGGUCCCGGAGACCCUGACGGGCCUGCCCCCUAGCCUGAAGGAUUUUGAGGCUGCCAAGGUGAGGCUGAGGCAGUCUGCUGAGGCUUUGCUGGCUGGUCUUUUGUGA